AUGAAAGCGCAUUUGAAGCCUUUAUUCAUAAAAGGAAAGGUGGAGAAUGUUGGUGUAAAUAAGAUACUGGUGGAUGGGGGAGCCACAGUAAAUUUGAUGCCCCAUUUUAUGCUGAAGAGGAUUGGGAAAGAUGACUCAGACGCAAAACCUCACAACAUGGUGUUGUCGAACUAUGAAGGGAAGUUAGGAACUACUAUGGGUGUCAUCCAAGUGAGUUUGACUGUUGGAACCAUAACAAGGCCAACGAUGUUUAUGGUCAUUGCGUCAAGGGAAAACUACAACCUACUGCUUGGAAGGGAGUGGAUUCAUGGCGUAGGAGUCGUACCCUCUUCAAUGCAUCAACGAAUAGCCAUAUGGAGGCCAGACGGGAUCGUCGGAAACAUUGAGGCUGAUCAAAUCUAUUUCAUGACAGAGAUAAACAAUGUCAACAGUCAAAGUUUCGACAAGAACUUGGCUCACAUACCUCCAUGCAGCCCAGCCGAAUUCGACUUAAAGGUGUAG